ACCAUCCUCACUGGCGUCGUUGCGGCGCCGAGGAAGCAACGUGCUCGAAAUCGCAGUUUUUAAGAUCCGAGAGGCACAAGAGCUAGAGCUACUGAAACUGAGUUGCUCGCCCAGAAUUCGUGUGCUUAUAAUCUUCAAUCGGGAAAAAGAGGGAAUUUGAUGGAAGAAACGAAUAAGAGAAGCGCGAGGGUGUGUAUGCUGUUGAUCUGCUUGUUGCUGAGCUUUUUAGGUAGGAUUGAAUCGUUGUCUGUGACCGUAAACGACGUUGAGUGCGUGUAUGAGUAUGUGCUCUACGAGGGUGACACGGUUACUGGGAACUUUGUUGUCGUCGAUCAUGACAUUUUCUGGAGCUCCGAUCAUCCCGGCAUCGACUUGACGGUGACAUCUCCUGGAGGUAACAUAGUCCACACUAUCAAAGGAACCUCUGGCGACAAGUUUGAUUUUAAAGCCCCACGAAGUGGAAUGUAUAAAUUCUGCUUUCAUAACCCUCAUUCCACACCUGAGACUGUUUCUUUCUACAUUCAUGUUGGUCAUAUCCCUACUGAGCAUGAUCUUGCUAAAAACGAGCACUUGGACCCAAUAAAUGUUAAAAUUGCUGAGCUCAGAGAGGCACUAGAGUCUGUUACAGCUGAGCAAAAAUACCUUAGAGCCCGUGAUGCACGGCAUCGACAUACGAACGAGAGCACCCGGAAGCGCGUUAUAUUCUACACGGUGGGAGAGUACCUUCUUCUAGCUCUUGUUAGUGCACUGCAAGUUGUAUACAUCCGGCGGCUUUUCAGCAAGUCAGUGGCCUAUAACCGUGUUUGAAUCUCCUCCUCCUUUUCUUUUAGCUGAAGGGUUAGGUUUUACAGUUGUUUUCCCUUUGUGUAACAAUAUGAUGGCUGGUGAGUACUAUUUUCUUUCCUUCCAACAGAGAGUAAUUUAUAUUCAUAACUCUGAAAACCAAAAAAGAGGUUCCUAGAUUCCCAUUUCCUGAAAUUUUCUGUUCGAGAGAGUUCAUUUACACUUUGUGGGAAUUUACUACGAUCUUUGUAAGAGAUAAAGCUUGUUUGUUUUCUCAAUGGUUGGAGAAGAAUAGAACAUCUUGGGUCAUUCAAGGAGCAUGGAAUUCCUAUUA